GGAGGAGGAGGAAAGGGGCGUCAUAUCAACACAGGCUCCAAGGAAGAAGGAGGAGGAGGAAGGAAGGAAGGAAGGAAGGGAGGGAGGAAGGAAGGAAGGAAGGAAAAGGGGCCUUUGUGGAUUAGAUUGGGCUCUCUCUCUCGCUUGCUCGCUCGCCCCUCCCUCCCCCCGCCCGCCGUCGCGCGUGUUGUGGUUUCGUCUCGCUCGCCAUGUCGGUGAAUAUGGAGGAGCUCCGGCAUCAGGUCAUGAUCAACCAGUUCGUGCUGGCGGCCGGGUGCGCGGCGGAUCAAGCCAAGCAGCUGCUGCAGGCCGCCCACUGGCAGUUCGAGACGGCUUUGAGUGCUUUUUUCCAAGAAACCAACAUUCCCAACACCCACCACCAUCAUCAAAUGAUGUGCACACCCAGCAAUACUCCAGCCACGCCUCCCAACUUCCCAGACGCUCUUGCCAUGUUUUCCAAGCUGCGGACUUCAGAGAAUCUCCAAAGUAGCAACAGCCCCAUCACAUCCAUGGCCUGUUCACCUCCGGGUAGCUUCAGUCCCUUCUGGGCUUCCUCGCCUCCCAACCAUCAACCUGCUUGGAUCCCUCCGUCGUCGCCCACCAGUCACAAUGUCCACCACCACCUCCAUCAUCAGCAGCCCAUGUGGCCUCCAGUGUCCCAGCAAGGGGCCUCUCAGCAGAAAGCCGUGACGGCCAUGGAUGGCCAGAGAUAAGACUUAAUAUUUUUAGAAUGGGGGAAGAAGCUGUGUCAGGUGGGGAGGGGUUGACAAAUCGGGGAGGGGUACACAGGGAAUAGGGUGGGGGCCUCUUUUUCCCCCCCGAAGAUCGCACUGGAAUAUUUUAUAGUUUUUGUUUUUUAAACUGAUGCAAUGGCAUCAGUCUUCCCCGUGUUCCAUUUUUUUGGUCCUUCUUUUGCUUCUCCUCUUCUGUCCAAUCUUCAGGAGAGUUAAUAACUGGUCUCUUCGCUUUUUUAAAAAAGAAAAAAAGUAUAUAUAACUAUAAUAUAUAAAUAUAUAAAUAUAUCUAAUGUAUAUACAUCACAGAUGAAAGCAACGGGAUUACCAAGAUCCAAGUGGCAUUCUGAGAACGCUGCUUGGAAAGAAGGGGGCUGCGUUGGAUCCGGGUGUUGGGGUUUGUGGGGGUGGGGGUCUCCCUUGAAACUGUGUGUGUGUGUUGGGUGAAGAGAAGGGAAGGAAACUGGCCCUCCUGUAUUCUUGUUGUCCUCUCAUGCUUUUCCUUUUGGCUCCCAGUUGUAAGAGAUGCUUGUAGCAUCUGCAAUAGUUAUGGGGCUGUGGGGAAUCUCUGGAUGAAAGAAAUCACUGGUCUCCCAUGGCAGGCCUCAGAUUUGGUUUGUGCACAGAGGCCAAGGGCGAUAGUGAGCCUACUUGGCAGGGGCGUAUAACCCACUGAAGGAACUCAUCAUCAGCCUUGCCCUAUGGUUGGGAGGAUGGUGUUACUUUUUUCGUAAGCGGUGGGAACUGCACCACAGAGCUUUCUGAUGAGCCACAUGAGGGGCUUGAGAAGAAAUGAUGGAACAGUGCAAAAUGGCUGUGUUGUUAAAUAUAUUUCUGGGACCCUCUUUCAGUAGCAUGCUGAAUUCUGCCCAUGGUUUUAUAUACACAAGGAAGUGUAUAUGUUGCCCUGCCAUCUUGGAGAGGAACCAGUAUGUGAGCAUGCUGGCAAAAGGUUUUUGACAGCCAGCCGUUCCUUCGUACGCAUGUGCAAAGUAUGUGUGUAUGGGAGGGUUGUUUUUGUUUUAUUUUGUUGUUGUUUUAUUGUGGGUGGGAUACCCUAAACCUUCUCCACCACACCCCAACUUUGGCUAUUGAAACUUUUUUGAAGUCUUCAGCUGAUGUGCCCCAAAGAGCUGAAAAGAAGCUAUGUCUUACACCUUACCAUGUACCUAAAAUCUUUUCUCGACCUGCCCGCUUUUCCUGCUUUUCAUUCUUGAGAAUGGUUUCCCCCCUUCAGCUCACAAGCUCUUUCCCUUUCUAAAAGGACAGUGCGUUUGGGAGGCAAAGCCAGAAGGGAAGCCACUUAAAUUUCUAAGAUUAUAUAUAUAUAUAUAUAUAUUUCUUUAAAUAUCUUAUGCACACACACAGAUAUCAGCCUCCCCUGAAGACAGAUAAAAGAAGGAGGACUCCAAAAUAUUCCCAUACAACCAAGGGCAGGCGAGAUGUCGAGGCUCUUCUUCUUGGGUUUAUGUUAUUUUAUUUUUUAGGUUUUAAAAUCAGAAUCUUGCUUAAAACAGGUUGAAGGUUUUUUAUUAAUUUAAAAAUAAAAAAACACUUUUUUAA